AUGGUUUACGGGAACGGAACAAACUGUGACAAAUUAUGGCGUGCAUGGAACACAAUACUAAUCACCUUAUUACAUAUAUUUCUCAUAUAUGUUGGAAUUAAUCGUUAUUUGACAUUUAAAACACAGGCAUUUGAUGCCAAAUUCGGUGGUGCUUGGGAUCAGUCAUGUAUGAACUUCACGUUGGCUAUGCUUAUAACAACACUGACAUGUUUUUGCCUGUUCCUUUUUUGCAGUCUGAUACGUACAUCGAAUUAUGCAAAUGAAGGGACUCAGAUUGGAAGAGAUACCAAUAAUUUGCAUCUAUUAAACUCAACAUAUGCUUGGAAGUCUGGAUUACCUAUGAUGAAGUUAACUUCACUCACAGAACAUCAGAACUGUGUUUAUCCUAAUGCUUCAAAUAUUAAUGGGAAUGUUAUGCAGACGUUGGGUAGAAAUGGUUAUAAUCCAGGAGAAGAUGAUCACGCUUCAGCUAUUGGCACAGAAGAUGUCCUACCGGGUCCUAAUUUUGAUACUUGGUCAGGACGUAGUGGAGUAAAUCAAACUCUAUUCAACGCUUAUGGACCUAAUAAUCACAAUCAUAAUAACACGUCUACUGCCCAACGUUUACUCACAAUGAAAAUACUCUGCAUUUGUCUUUUAAGCAUAGCUUUCACUUAUUGUGGCAACGAUUUAAACGGAAUUUUUUACCCUAUUCUGUUGUCUUACAUUUGA